AUGGAGCAAAUGGAGAUAAAAAACAAGCGAGGAAAGACUAACGCAUGUUUUGAUGACGAUAUUGCACUUAUGAAGAAAGUUCUUCCUAAAGGUAACUGUUGUCUGGAAAAUUUCGACCAGGUAAAAAGCAUGUUGGCUGACCUCGAUCUUGAUCACCAGAAGAUAGACGCUUGCGUCAAUAAUUGCAUGUUGUAUUACAUAGAUAACAAGGAUGAAGUUGAGUGCCUACACUGCUAUGAGCCAAGGUAUGAAGCUUCCACUUCAUCUAAGGAGAAAAAGCCCAUUCCUAAGAAGGUUCUUCGUUACUUCCCGUUGGGUCCUCGUUUGCAACGUCUGUACAUGUCUUCACAUACGGCCAAACAUAUGAGAUGGCACCAGGCAAGGCACCAAGGAGAGGAGAGCAUAGAUCCGGAUAAUCUCACACACCCCGCAGACGGGGAGGCUUGGAAGCACUUUGACCGUUCUUUUCCCGAAUUUGCUGGAGACUGUCGAAAUGUCAGACUCGAACUUACAACAUACGGAUUCAACCCUACUAGAAACAUGAAUUUGUCUUACAGCAUUUGGCCUGUGAUAGUAUUUAUGUACAAUCUACCUCCCAACAUGUGUAUGAGGAAAGAGUACAAUUUCCUUACGCUUAUGGUUCCAGGGUCGUGUUCUCUAGGAAAGUGCUUGGAUGUUGAUUUUCCAGCUUACGAGAUGUUGUCUGGCCAACAAACUAAGGGGUACAAGGCUUGCCCGGUAUGCAUAGAUGGCGUCAAUUCUAGUUGGCAUGCCGAAAAAAUGUGUUUCUUGGGAUCUCGUAGACAUCUUCUCGAGGAUCAUGAGUGGCGGUGGGAUGCUGAUGCAUUUAAUGGGACUGAGGAGCAUAAUCUGAAACCCCUAGGGAGGUCUGGUGAGUGGAUUUUGGAGAGGCUUCACCAGCACUGGUACAGAUAUUUGAGCACGAGUAAAGAAGUAACUAACUUGAAUCCUCCCACGCCUGAUGAGUUUAAGUAUUGGACGCACAAAAGUGUAUUCUUUGAAUUGCCUUACUGGUCGACCUUGAAAAUCAGACACAACUUGGACGUCAUGCACAUAGAGAAGAAUGUUUGUGGCAGCGUUCUUGGAACAAUUCUGAAUCUUAAACAUAAGAAAAAAGACACCCCCAAAGCCCGUGUUGAUCUUAAGAUGAUAAGUAUACGCCCCCAGCUAUGGCUAGUAGAGAGCAAAAAAACAAAAAAAGCCAUAAUGCCGAAAGCAGGCUACAUAGUCCAUCCUCAAAAGAAGGCAGAAGUGUUUCAGUGGUUUGGAAACGUUAAGUAUCCUCAUGGACCGUAUUUGCAGAGUGAUGUGGUUGACACGUUAGUGGCUUUGUCAAAGUUCUUUCAGAGGAUAUGCGCUAAAGAGCUUAAAAAGUCUGAUGUUCGGUCAUUGCAAGAAGACAUUGUGUACAUCAUGUGCAAGCUGGAGAGGAUCUUUCCCCCCACUUUUUUUGACAUCAUGAUUCACCUCAUGAUCCACCUUCCCGAACAAGUGUUGCGUACUGGUCUGAUACAGUAUACCUGGUGCUAUCCAAAUGAGAGGUUAAGUAAUUCUGAAAGAUUAAGUAAUGAUGAGAGCAAAGAGGCUCAUUGGUGUGUCCUUCAACAUUGCGAAGAAGCCGAGCGAUACUUCAAGUCCCAUUUGGAAAGGCAGUAUGGUAACGAAAUGAUGCACAUUCAACAGCAGUUUCCUGCUUCUUACGACCCGGAGUUGCACUUGUUGGCUGGAGGACCCCAAAGCCACAGAGUUCGUGCUGGAUGUUUUGUGAACGGUGUUAAGUUUGUGACGUCAGAACGAGAUGAAGGCCAUGUCAACCAAAACAAUGGAGUCAUGGUUGAGGGUCUGGGUUUCAACUACUACGAGGUUCUUGUCAGUGUCAUCGAACUAAUCUAUGGCAACCGUAUGCCAGUCGUGUUGUUCAAGUGCAAAUGGUUCAAUACUGACCUAACUAGACGGAGGAGUACAAUUCUGGAUCGUGGCUUGUUAUCACUGGACUCAAACAGUGUAUGGUAUGAGAAUGAGCCGUUUAUUCUUGCCACCAUGACGAAAUAA